GGCCGAAGCGAACAGACGUCGAACAGAUUCAAUAUGGCCGCCAUCGCAUUUCUUCUGAUCGCCUGUCUCAGCUCCGCUCAUGCUUGGGGCGGGCUGUUCAACCGGUUCAGCUCCGACAUGCUAGCGAACCUCGGCUACGGACGGUCACCCUACCGUCAUUACCCCUAUGGACAGGUUGAGCCUGAAGAGAUUUACGCGGAGGCUCUGGAAGGUAAUCGUAUAGAAGAUGCUGAGGACACGCACUGCUACAGCGCUCCUUGCAUCACCAACGGGGACUGCUGCCGCGGACUGAUGUGUCUGGAGACAGAUGAUGGAGGGCGUUGUCUGCCAGCAUUCGCUGGUAGGAAGCUCGGCGAGAUGUGCAACCGUGAGAACCAAUGCGAUGCUGGACUGGUCUGCGAAGAAGUUGUCCCAGGCGAGAUGCACGUCUGCCGACCGCCGUCAGCCGGACACAAGCAGUACAACGAAGAUUGCUCCUCCUCCAGCGAAUGUGACAUCGCCCGUGGUCUUUGCUGCAUCAUGCAACGUCGUCACCGCCAGAAGCCUAGGAAGAGCUGUGGUUACUUCAAGGAACCCCUUGUGUGCAUUGGACCCGUAGCUACCGACCAGAUCCGCGAAAUCGUCCAGCAUACCGCUGGCGAGAAGAGACUCGGCUUGUACAGAAUGCAUUAAAUAAUCUUUAAUUAUUUGACUUCGAGUAAAAUGGUAUAUCUUCUAUGAUCUAAUAAUUAUUUAUAAAGCGGUUUCACUAGGUUUUUUAAUCUGUGUUUAAUUAAUUUUACAUUUUGCUCGAAGUUCUUCAUAUGUUUAAAUCAUUUAUAAAUAAAAAAAAUACAUUUUCAUUUAUAAAUGGUUUUAAUAAAAUUGAGAAAAUUCUGUAAGUUGAUAUCCACAGAUAAAAUAUAUAAAUGUUUUCAAAAUAAUCGUCCAAGAGAAUAAAAAUCAUUUAUAGAUUUUUCUCAAUAUUAUAUUUCGGAAAUAUUGCCAUUAACAAUAAAUUUACAUUAGUUUAACAUUAUUUCCUGACUAACGGAAUUGACAUAUUAAAAUAUAAUUUGCGUUUUUUUUUUGCAAUGUCAAUAAUUUCAUAAUGUCAAUGGCAUUAUUUCCACAGACGAUUAAAAAACAACCGAAUCAAUCGCUUCGAAUAACGGUCACCGAUUUAUUAAUUUUCAAACAUAGAUUAUACUCGAUAUUUAAAAAAAAAAACAAAAAAUAACGUAGAUGAAUAUAAUAAUUUUCAUCAAAAUGAUACAAGUGUGCGUAGAUUAGAAAUAAAUUAUUAUAACUAAAUGUUAAAAUUAUUGAUGUUAUUAUAUGUGUUAUUAAUAGUGAAUUUAAAAAAUAUUUAAUCUUUAAUAUUAAUUAGGUUAUCUAUGGAUAAAGUCUUCAUUAUCGUAACUAAUACAUAUCAUACUGGCUGAGGCAUUUAUUAAUAAAUAUAUUGAUGUUAAAAUUAUAAUAAUAGUAAUUAAGAUUUCGCUUGUUUUAUUCUAAAGGAAUUAUAAUUAAUAUAAUUAAGCAAUUCGAUUAUUAUAGGUGCCUAGGAGACAUAUCAUUGUUAUACCCUUUAAUUAUAUUCCUAUUAAUAGAAAAAAAUUAAGAAUAUCACAAUUAAAUCAAAUAUUAUUACUUAGUAUUAAGUCCUACAUAAGUAUUUUCUUAUAAUGUAUAGCGGAAAAUUAUAGUAAAUAUUUUUCUGCCAAAAAUAUACUGUUGAAGAUAUCAAAUAUCUGUUCGUUUCGAUCGAUUUAUAAUAUUUUCAGAUCGCUGGAAAUGGCCUAACGCUUCAUAGAAAUAGAUUGAUUACAACUCAAAAACUUUUAAAAACUUUUAUAUAUCUGUGUCGUUAUGCUAUCGAAUGUUAAAAUACUUGUGUGUUUCACAUAAUAUAUGUGUUAUAUUAUACAAUCAUAUCAGC